UUAUAAAGCACAAUGACUCAAAUACAUCACUUUGAAAGCGGAUGAGCUGAAGCACUGAGAAGAGCAGCUUUGUUUGCACUUUGACAACAGACAAUGAGAUUUUGAGGAUCUUGUUAGUGAGAAGCUCAGACUUUACCCACAGUCACAGAUGCUGGCUCUGUCCAGAUGUUCGCCUGCUCUGAGGUGGAGACUUCCCCUGUGCUGCUCUGCUGUCCCUGUGGGGAGCUCCACCGUGAGCAGCCAGCCCUCCGCCACAACCCGACCGCAGUUUGUAACAACCCAGACCAUGUGGUUUCACCAGAGUAGAGCCAAAGCAAGUCCUGAUCCAAAGAUCCCUUCAGUGUCUGCCUUCUGGUCCGGACUGGAGCAGGAGCUGUUAGAGAUGGGGGUAUGGUCGGUGGGUCUGGGGGCUGUCGGAGCGGCCCUAGCUGGGAUCUUCUUAGCAAACACCGAUAUUUGUCUUCCUAAAGGCUCAAAAGCAUCACUGGAAUACCUGGAAGAUGCAGAUCUGCGUUCCACAGCGGAAGAUGAGAAAACCAUCAAAGCAAAGGUCCUGUGGGAAGAGAACGGGGCAGUGGUGAUGGCCGUAAGGCGGCCUGGAUGAUUUUUGUGCAGAGAGGAGGCCUCCGAGCUGUCCUCUCUGAAACCCCAGCUGGAGGAGCUCGGGGUCCCUUUGGUCGCUGUGGUGAAAGAAAACUUGGCCGCAGAGAUCGAGGGCUUCAGACCGCACUUCGCCGGGGACAUCUACAUUGAUGAACAGAAACAUUUCUACGGACCACUGCAGAGGAGGAUGGGAGGUUUGGCCUUCCUUCGCCUCGGCGUGUGGAGGAACUUCUUUCGGGCCUGGAAGUCUGGUUACAAGGGCAACAUGAACGGGGAGGGCUUCAUCCUUGGGGGAGUGUUUGUUAUCGGACCAGGAAACCAGGGGAUCCUCCUGGAACACCAGGAGAAGCAGUUUGGAGAUAAAGUGGACAUAAAAGACGUUCUGCAGGCUGUAAAGAAAAUCGUUCCAGAGAAGUAGUUUCUGCAGCAUUAAUGAAGCAAGUACACUUAAGAUCAAAUGAGCAAACGGAACAUUUUUAAUGAGCUAUAAUUUGUUUACAUAGAUUAUGAUAGAAUAAUGUGCUGCUGAAGCUCUAAAAUGCAGGACAGAGCUAAUGCUUUUUCUCAGUGUGUUUGAAUAUUCCACAAAACGUCCAAAAAGAAAUUAAUGUUUUUUUUUUGCCACAAGCAUAAACCCGCCCCGCCUAAAGGCAACAUUUCAGGUACAGAAAUAUUCAGGUAGUGAUAAACUUGAAAUGUCCCAACUACUGAUUUUAAUCUAAAGGCCGGCCUUCAUACUUGAUCACAUUUAUCUGUCCGCUAUAUAUCUGACACAAUCAAUGCUGUCUUCUUGUAAAAGCUGACUUUACUGCUGACCUGACACCUGAAUGCCCUCUGACAUGGAGGACAGGAGUGUGUGAUCCGUGUGUGUGUGAUAAUGACAACUUGACUCUAAACUCAGUGAGAGGAGCUAGUUCGAUGCUGGACACACACACCGGUUCAGUUCCUUCCCUCGAGCAGAGGAUUGUUUGUGGUUUGGUCACGUAGUAGGUUCUGCUUUGCACGAGUGUUUGUAGGAGGCAUGUACUGUGCUGUUCAGCUGCUACUGAAUAAUAAUAAUAAUAAUAAUAAACACUUUAAUGUUGAA